AAUCCUUCUCUUUGUGUCGUUCCUUGCACCACACCAAUUCUGAUUCUGAGGGGUUUUGGUGGGUAUAAAUACACCACUCCCUUCAACUCAACACUCCAUUCCAUCACCACCCAAUUUUUUAAUAUCUUGUUCCAUUUUGGUUCACUUUCUUUCAUACCCAUAACCAUGUCUUCUCAGACUGUUGUCCUCAAAGUUGGGAUGUCUUGUCAAGGAUGUGUUGGAGCAGUGAACAGGGUUUUGGGAAAAAUGGAAGGUGUGGAAUCAUUUGACAUUGAUUUGAAGGAACAAAAGGUGACAGUGAAAGGAAAUGUUCAGCCAGAGGAAGUUCUGCAAACCGUUUCCAAAACUGGGAAGAAGACUUCCUUCUGGGAGGGUGAAGCACCAAUAGCACCAGCUGAGCCUGAAAUCAAGCCUUCAGAAACUGCCACUGUUGCCUCUGCUGAGCCUGAAAACAAGCCUGCAGAAACUGCCACUGUUCCUUCAGCUGAGCCUGAAAACAAGCCUUCAGAAACUACUACUACUGCCUAAGAAGACACUUGUGGUUUUAUUUCUAUGUUAAGUGGGUCUGUUACAAAUACUAUUUUGAUGAACUUUGUGCAUGUCAUCUGAUAUAUUUGAUGUGCUGGUAUCUAAGCUACAAUAACUUGUGGCCCAUUUUUCUCAUGUGCUUAAAGUUUAGAAUUUAACUUGUUAUUGUACCUUGUUAUUGUACGCCGAUUUUUCACGUGCA